AUGUUUAAACUCCCCGUAAUUGUGAUCCUGCUUAUAGCUGGAUGUGCCCAUGUCCACGGCUGGCAGAGCGGAUGCGAGGCAUUCUGCUUCUCGAAGAUGGAGGGCAUUAUGGAUUACGUCGAGGACAUGAAGGAAGAACUGGCCGAGCUCAGAUUUCUGAAUUCCUUUGAGAAGAUCGGAUCCCACUACUAUUACUUUGAGCACUGGAAGGAGACCAACUGGACCACCGCCGAUGAAGAAUGCCGCAAGAUGGGCGCACGACUGGCGGAAAUUCGCGACGAGCGGGAGUACAACGCUAUCCUGCCCAGAUUGCAGAGCAAUAUGUAUUGGGUGGACAUCACCAAUAGGGGCCAGGGGGAUCACUGGUACUCGCUGAACACCGGGCACCCGGCUGCCUUCUUGAAGUGGCAUCAGGGCGGAAUGGACAACGAAGGAUUUUCCGUUCACUGCGUAACCAUUUUUUACGAUGACAUGUGGGAUGAAAACUGUAUGAACUUCAACAACUACAUUUGUAAGUUAGAAAAAUAA